UAGACGUCAUUUUAGGCCCUGGUCAGCCAGAAUUAUAAACGGAAGCUGGCGGCAGAAUCGAAAAUCUUUUUAGCUAACUUUUGUUAAAACGACUUGAUGGUUAGCUACUGAAGCUAGAUGAAUGGUGUGGAACGUCGUUAAUUCGUAGUAAAGUCUUAUAAAAUGGUCGACCUUGACUCUGGCAUGGUAUAUGUGCGAGAGAGAGGACAGCUUCGUCGCGUCAAUAACAUUGUGCUCGCAGAGACGAAGCCGCAUUCAUUAUCACACAGAACAACAACAAACCCUCUUGCGUUGAAAAAGGAGCACUUCGUCUUCACCUAUAACAAAGAAGGCAGUUUGAGGUACACUGCCAAAUCCCUCUACGACAUCUCUCUGCUGUUUGUAGCGUACAACAUCCACCAUGUCGAUUCACUCGAAGGAUUCCCUGAACAAGUAGGGGACAGACUCUUCGCCGCUGCGGAGGAAAAACAGAUAUUCUCAGAUCCUGAGGCAGCGCCUAGGGCUCUGCAGUUGUUCAGUGAUGCAUACGGGGACAUAGUGCUCGGGUCACUUUGUUUACGACAUAGGUUUCCCUUGCUGUCUGAAAAGCUGGAAGAGAUCAAAACGUUUCACAGUCUGAAGUGCUUGGAUCUAUUUGGCUGCAGACUGGGAGACAGCCACGACAUCUUCCAACAUCUCACAUCAGAUGCAUUGUCCAGGAGCCUGGUCCAGCUCUCCCUGGGUGGUAAUAGCCUGUCAGACCAGGGUCUCCAGAGACUGACAGCCCCUGUCAGGAUGAUGAGGAGGGGGCUGAGACACCUGCAGAUACUGGACCUGUCCUACAACCCUAUCACUGAGAAGGCAGUUGGAUAUCUCACAUGUCUCCCAAAGCUACAAGGUCUUGAUGUAUCAGGAACUAACAUAAAGGUUGGCCCGUCAUUAAAGCAGACCCUGAGGAACACGAUGGGGUUGGUCCUGUCUGAGAAACUGCUGGAGGCCUUCGACCACUCCUGCUGUAAAACACAAGGCUGGGCAGAGCAGGUGGUAAACCGGUGGGAGUUGAGUGCAACAGAAAUGCCCAAACCAAAGAAGGUCCAAGAGUCAAGAACAUCAGCUAUUCGCUUUUUUGGCAGAGAGAAGUUUGUCCGAGGAAUCCUAAGCGCAUCACCUCUGAUCCAGGAGAAAGAACAAGACAAGACCAGGGAGAGGAUACAUUUUUAUAAACCAGCAACAAGCACACACACAAAUCAGACCCAAUGCACAGGGACUAAAAGUGGACAAAUUAAGCCCUCGUCACUCAACAGCAUUGAAAUCGCAGGGGCCACCAACGGACAUGUAAAACCCUGUUCCCAAAACCAGAAGAGGCCUCGUAAACACCAGGUCGGGGACAGUGAUCAUCACAGCCCUCCUGCUAAACGUGCUUCUUCCUCAUCAUCACCAACUCUCACAGCAGAGGACUUGGAUCUGCUCAACAGUUACUGAUGCUUCGUCUCUUUCUCUGUCCGUACCUUCUCCGUAGCCGAGGUCCACGGUCUCCAAAUGUGUGCAUGGGGGCUUGACGCUGCACUGCUCAAUGCAUCCAGCAGAGGUCAGCUUCCACCUCUAGGUUAACUUUGGUGGCUUUUUUUGUUUAAGCGGACCCUAAGCACUUCCUAGCUGGAGGUGUGGAGGAACACUUGUAGUAUUUUCUUGGUCAAUCUGCUGCUUAUUUACGUUUUUAACUUUUUACAAAUAAAAAGUAUAUUGCUAUUAU